AUGGAGGACAGCGGUGGUGGUCGGAGCCGGCGUAACGAGUUGGAUGAAGAAACUAACGCUCCACCUGCACCAGCUAGUUUAACGCUCGGUGGAAUCCUGUCGAUCAAGCAGACGCCGCCUUAUCGGAUCCAAGAUCGUACUCUACUGGAUCUUAUACGCGAUGAUCAGACUUGUGGAAAAGAACCGAAGACGACGUGGAAGAUGAUUAGGGAGAAACUCCGGCUCAAACUCGCUGGUUCAGUCUGUACAACCACCGCCCCUACUCUCGCUUCUCUUGUCCCCAUUACCACAGAGAGCAAUCGUCUGUUGACGCGACAUGGUUCGACUCAGCGGAACCCCACCGACGAGUCAACGUGGCAGUUGAAUUCACCGCAGGUAACUAACUCUAGUAACAUACUGGAAACGCAAACAGCCAGGGUACAAACUGACCCGCCGGUGGAGGAAAGCGAGCAAACCUCGACGGAGGAAAAUCGGGGCGCCGGUGGAGGAGAACCGGCGGCGGCGAGGAUGUCGUUGAUGUCGCUGUUGGAAGUGGAUGGAUCUGCGUAUUUGGAUUAUGAAGAAGAAAAAGAGGCGGAGGAGAUGGAGGAGGAGGAGGUGGAAGAAGGCGGUGGUGGUGGAGGAGGAUACAAGUACAACAACUGCUGCGUGUGCAUGGUAAGACAUAAGGGCGCAGCAUUUAUUCCCUGUGGGCACACUUUCUGCAGACUCUGUUCAAGGGAGCUUUUUGUUCAAAGGGCUAGUUGUCCAUUAUGCAACAAUCUGAUCUUGGAAAUUCUUGAUAUCUUUUAG